AUGUCGUCCGCCAUUCCGCCCAUCACUACGCCCAAGCCAUUCGAGAUCGUCUACACCGACGAUGAGGUCGCCGACCUGCGCAGCCGACUGCGUAACACGCGCCUCCCCACGGCUCCCUACCUUCCCGAGGACGACCGCCAGCCGAUGAAGCUGACCUACAAGCCGGAUCUUCCGCUCGUCAAGCAGCUUGUGGACAAGUGGGCCAAGUUCGACUUUGUCAAGUUCCAGAAGCAUCUCAACAGCUUCCCGCACUUCACCACCUCGGUCGACUGGUGCACGCAGCUCCACUUUGUGCACAAGCGCUCGUCGCGCCCGGACGCCAUCCCCAUCAUGCUCAUCCACGGUUGGCCCGGAAGCUGGUUCGAGUUCGCGCAUGUGAUCGACGAGCUCGUCAACCCAGCGGACAAGGAUGCGCCCGCAUUCCAUGUGGUCGUUCCCUCGCUCCCGGGUUUCAUGUACUCCACCGCGCCCCCGAACAAGAAGCUCGGAGAGGUGCGCAGCUACACGCGCAUCCUGGAUGCUCUUAUGCGCGGACUGGGCUACGACAAGUAUGCAUCGCAGGGUGGUGAUUGGGGCAGCCCGCACGCGCGUGCACUGGGUGUCUUCCACUCGCACAAGGACGGCACUGGCUGCCGAGCAGUGCACCUCAACUUCUGCCCCGUCGCCGCCAAGGGACUGAGCAAGUUCAUGCUCAACUCGCUCCCGGCCAAGGUGACGCUCGGCGUUGCCAAGCUGAUUUACGGACAGGAGUAUCUCGUGAUGGCAGCCAAGGGCAUGUACUUUGAGCAGAACCGCGCGUACUACGAUGUGCAACGCACGCGUCCUGCACAGCUGCUCUAUGGUCUUGUCGACUCGCCCGUCGGCCUGCUUGGAUGGCUCGGCAACAUCUACGACACGCUGAGCGAGCGAGCGCCCGACCACCCGCGCCUCAACAUGGACGCAUGCCUGGAAAUCGCCACACUCUUCUGGUUCACCUCGUCCAUCGGAACGUCGUUCAUCCCCUACACGGUCAACCUCUUCCUGCCCGAGAUCCACGGAAGCGCAGAGUACAAGCUGCCCGUACCGCUCGCCUACUCAGACUUCCCACAGGAGCUCGUCAACACACCCAAGUUCGUCGUGGAUGCCACGACGACGUCGGGCAAGACGCGAUGGAUCGCCAAGUCGCCCAUCGGAGGCCACUUUGCCGCGCACGAGGAACCGACGAUCUUUGUGAGCCAUCUGCGAAACGCCUUUUCGCGCGGCGGCAAGUGGAAAGGCCACGAGGAGGACGGAAUCCAGUCGGCCCAGAUCGCAGGCGGCUUGUGGGACGAGGUGCGAGACCAGGAAGCGCGCGCGUCCAAGAUCUAG